ACAGUGGCCGCUUUUGAUAAUUGAAUUAUAAACACGCGUGAGUAUCAUCAUUAUCGAUCGAUUAUCUCGAGACUACAGAUUACCAGCGCGUAGAAACGAGAUGAGAAAACAGAUGUCUCAAGAUUUUUCUUUCCAGCGAGAUGCAUCUCUACGUGACGAUAUUAAUUACCGUGUUGGCCACCUGUCACGCGUUCGUGCCCGACGCUGUCAACGUGCAGGAAACCAGAGGAUACGGCGCGUACGCCGACCAAAAAGGUCUACUCACCGAUUUCCUCGAGAAAUUCCGGGAGAAGAUGAGGAAAGGAGAUGCGAAGCUUGGCAUCCCCGUUCUCGAUCCUCUAAAAGUAAACCAACUGAACCUGAACAUCCACGAAGAAGAACUAGUUUCAUUGGAGGGAUAUCUGAAGAAUAUACACGGGAUAGGUUUAUCAGACUACAAGGUAAUCCGAGGCGAUUUUUCGAUCGUUGGUCUUGUAGUCAACGUGAGUCUUCUGUUUAAUCAAAUCGACUUCAUGACCGAGUACAACGUGAACGGAACCCUCAUGGAUCAGAUGCUCUUGUACGGACACGGAAAUAUUGCCCUCGUCAUGAAGGGACUGGGUGUGUCAGUGAACUUAAAAGUAGGCUUCACGGAGUCCGAGAAAAUCGUCGUUAAGGACUUGGUAUUGAAUGUCCAUGUAAAAACAUUCGACCUUAAGAUGACCGGAUUAUUCAACGACGAUGAUUUGUCCAAUACACUGAGCCAUGCAAUCUCCGAAGUAUUGCCCGGUUUGCUCGACGAUUAUCAAAAUGAAAUAUCGUCUAAGGCGAGCCCGAUUGUUGCGAACUUUUUGAACAAGUUUCUGAAAAAAUUCUCGCUCAACGACUUGCUGGACAUAAUUGGCGGCCAGCAUCGAUAAUUGCAAAUGUUCCUUCGAUUUCGUCUAACAAAUAAAACGUAAAUAAAGAUA